AUGGCGGCACUUUUGGUUUCGUCAGGAAUGACCAACAAUUACUUCAGUCUUGAUGACAUACUAGCCAGUCAAGAAACGAUUCCUUGCACUUUCAACGUCAAAGUAGCAACCAUGGGUUACCUUGAUCAAAGCACCUCAGAUGUGGACAUAAACAUGGGAACCAAGCUGGAUCUUCCAUUUUGGUUAGCAAAAUAUCUACAUAAAGGCAGUCGUGGAAUUGUGUCAGUAGACACACCAAAAACAUAUAAAGAAGGGUACAGACACAUUUUUACUGCGGACCCCAAUGUUGUUGAUCUCUACAGACUCGGUCCUUACUUCUAUUUGUUUGGAGAGAAACUUUUGUCCCUGCAACUUCCAGAUACUGAUGAUAUUGCUAACGUAUUACUGAAAACAUUCCAGGGGCGAUUUAGAAACAUAAUGGAUGGAUCCCAGAAUGCCCUACAUAGUGACCUUGCUUCGCAGAUGGAAAAGUUGGACGUGCAAGAAAGACAACUCUUUGCAGCAGGCCAGCAAGGACUGCAUGAGUUCCAAAAGUGGGAAAGCAGAGAAUCAGAAAAGCUGUCCACGUCCGCUAUGGUGUCUAAUCACAGGAAACGAAAACGUAUUGGAUACAUUGCCAACGCAACAUGA